CGACGAGCUAUCGUUACUCGAUCUGCCAGACAUAUACAAGGCAUGUGGUGGGAGGAUUGAGCAGCCGAAGUUCUUCUGGAGCUCUCCUUCAACUUAUGCAAUGUCAGAAUUACUUCAGAUGAAGACAUACUCACCAUGGCAACAUUUACAAAUGAAGAAGCGAGGGUCAUCGAAUUAUAUGCCAUCUCUGAGGAAGACAUUGUCGAGUUCACGGAGAGUGAUGGGGAAGAAGGUGGAGUUGUCACCAAGGGGAAAAAGACUGAAGAAGCUGAUAGUGACUAUGAUGAAGAAGAUGAUAGUGACUAUAAGGCUAGUGAAGAAGAGGAUUUUAGUUUUGGUGACAAUCUGCAGUUUGAGAAGAAUUUAGCUGCAGAUGUUGAAGCUGAUUUUUUCAGCGAAGAAGGUGAAUCUUCAAAGGGCAGGCAGACUAUCAUAGAUGUCGACUCGGAUGAUCGAAGGACCAUUUACAGCUCAGAUGAAGAUGAUGACAACCAUGAGAUGCAAGAGUUUCGAGCUGGGAGAGACAUUAAGAGCCCUACCUUCACUAUUUCUAAAAUUUUUGGCAAAUUUGACUUGUUGAAAGAAGCCAUAAAACAAUAUGCCUUCGUGGAAAAGCGCCAUAUUCAUUUCAAGAAGAACGACAAAAAGAGGUUGCAAGCAGUUUGUGCCAAUCCAUGUGAUUGGUGUAUAUGGGUCUCGAGGAUGAGUCUUACGAAUGUAGUCCAAAUCAAGAAGUGCAAGCUACAACAUUCUAAAGAUUGUCAGAGGACUUUCAAGGUGAAGUUUGCAACUGCUAAGUUUCUAGGUGGGAAAGUUGCUAGGAAGAUGGAAGCAGACAAGAAUAUGAGCAAGGGGCUGCUCAAACAAAUAUGCAAGGAAGACUACAAGGAAGAAGUAGUCCAUUUCACCUACUAAUGGUAAAGAGUACUGGCCGGAAUCUGGGUUGGGUCAUUGUGGAGUCCUCCAAUGGCAGACUAAAAAAAGAGGGGCAGAUCUAAAAACUAGCGAAGAAAGGGACUUAAUGAGG